UCUUCAACAUUUAGUAGACACACUUGAUUGUUUUACAUAUGGUUAACAUAUGCUCCGUUAAAGAACUUAUAUGAUGUGAUUUUGGUUGCUGACGUUGACACUUAUACGAACGAUUAACAUACACACCGUUGGAGAUGCCCUAAUGAGCACCGUUCCAUGUCACCGACAAACGGACCCCACACUGUUUAAGGUGAGGAACAAAUAUCCUUGUCGCCUCAUCCACUCGUCCGGGGCAGGGACGGAGCUUCCCAUAUGUUGGCAAUAAUGCCGAUCUUCUCUAGCAAUUCCAUUGGAAUUUCGCAGGUCCAAACGGGGCUGGCCGCGACAAGAACCAAGCUCAAAUUCUCCUCGACCCCCAACCGAGCAGCACCACCCACCUCGCCACCCAUGGCCAUGGCGGAGAGCGAGACAGAUACCCAGAGCGACGCGCAUCUCCGGGAGCCUGGCCAGCGCCGCCGCCGCCCCGUGUGCGGCGUCUGCACGAAGCCCCUCCGCGUCUGCCUCUGCGGCCGCCUCCGCGGGCCCCCGCUGGACACCGCCGUCGGCGUCACCGUGCUGCAGCACCCCACGGAGGCCCACCACCCGCUCAGCUCCGUUCGCGUCGCCCGCCUCGGCCUCCGCAACCUCGCCGUCGCCCAGGUCGCCGACGUCGCCCACCGCGCCAGCUUCCUCCUCACGACCAAUCUUGGACUUGGAGGCGAAGAAACUGGAAACGUCGAAGCCGGUGCCGCCGCCAUUGGAGAAGCUUGGACGGUGGAAACCAUGGACGACAAGUGCUCCAUCGCUUACACCGAGAAACAGCUCCGGAUCGACGUCGAGCGCGGCGUCGGCGCCAACCCCAAGAUCCGGUGGCUGCCAAGAUGCUCUUCCCUCGCCGAACUCGCCGUCUCCAACGGCUUCACCGUCACCAAGACGCAGGAGAACAAGCCCAGACGUAGCACAGGCGACGAAGCCUCGCCGUCGCCGGAGCUCCAGCAUGAGUACUCCAUCGCCAUACCGCCGCACUCGGCCCUGCUGUUCCCAUGCCAGCGCGCGACCACCAUUGACGCAGCUUCAGACUGUCAGGUACUUGUGAAGCAUCUGAUCGUGCUGGACGGCACCUGGGCGAAGGCGCACCGGAUGUACCAUGAGAACCCAUGGCUACAGCUCGUGCCGCACGUCAUGGUGGAAGCUGACACUGUCAGCUUGUACGGCGAGGUGAGGCAUGAGCCCAAGGCCGGGUGCCUGUCGACCGUCGAGAGCAUCGUCGUCGCCAUGAAGGAGCUUGGGGAGGACGAGACCGGGUUGGAUCGUGUCCUAGCCGUCUUCGAGUCCAUGAUCGCCGACCAGCGGCGCUGCAAGGAUGAGAACUGGAAACCAAAACAAAAAUCACAGUAAUUUCUCUGGACGACUUCUAGAUGCAGUUUCAGUCCAGAUGUUGUUUUAAUUCUGUAUCAUCAUUUCAUACCAUUCUGAGUUUCAGUCCAAUUUUGUACUGUAACAUAGAGUACAUGUUCUCACUGAUUAAUAACCCAUAUACAGCAAAAA